GAAUGCGUCUUCUAUCCUAUGGAUAUCAGUUUUGAAUUGACCGAUGAGGAAGAUUGUUGGUGCCUUUUGGCGAUCGUGCUGGUACUUUGGGCCAUGGGCUGCAUCCAAAGCAUCAGCUGCAAGGCAAAAGGCUUUCGGGAGAGCAUCACCGUCCUGGAGAUCAAGACGUCCAUUGACCCCGUCCCCACCAACAUCGACGAGUCGUCCAGCGUGGUGUUGAGGUACCGCACCCCGCAUUUCCGCGCUUCGGCUCAAGUCCUGUUGCCUCCGGUGCCCAAAAAGGAGACCUGGAUUGUAGGGUGGAUACAGGCGUGCAGCCACAUGGAGUUCUACAACUAUUACGGUGAUCAUGGCAUGUCAAGUUGGGAGCUUCCUGAACUCCUGGAGGGCAAGAUCCAAGCCAUCAGUGACUCAGAUGGGGUCAACUACCCCUGGUAUGGGAACACCACCGAGACCUGCACCAUCGUAGGUCCCACCAAGAAGGAAGCCAAGUUCACCAUCAGCAUGAACGACAAUUUCUACCCCAGCGUCACCUGGGCGGUCCCGGUGAGCGACAGCAACGUGCCCAAGCUGACUUGCAUCCACCGCGACCAGAGCUUCACCACCUGGCUGGUGGCCACCAACACCACCACCAACGAGAUGGUCAUCCUGCAGACUAUCAAGUGGCGGAUGAAACUGGGCAUCGAUGUGGAGCCCAGCCAUCCUCUCGGGCGCCGGGCCAAGCUGAGGGAGCCCUCUGCUCAGGAGCAGCCCCAAGUCCUCAGCAAGAACGAGCCAAUACCACCCAGUGCCCUGGUCAAACCCAACGCCAACGAUGCCCAGGUCCUCAUGUGGAGGCCCAAGGACGGGCGCCCCCUAGUGGUGAUACCCCCAAAGCAUCGGUAAUCGGAACCCCCCUGUGGCAAGGGGGGGUGGGUGGACAGAGCAACGGAGAGGGGUGGAAAAAAGAAAAAAAGAAACACUUCGUAUUUAAGAGAGAGAGAGAGAGAGAGAGAGAGA